AUGACUAACUUUCUUGCAAGAAUCACAUCUUCUCUAUUCAACUUAAUAUUAUCAUUUUUUCUUCCUCUUUCUUUAAGUGUUCUUGAUCACCGAUUCAAUUCUUGCUUAACACAAAAUCAAAUAACCAACUUCACCAUAUUCAAAGAAAAUGACUCCGCAUAUUACUACACCCUUCUUGAUUAUUCUAUCCAAAAUCUUCGUUUUUCAGAGCCCAAAAUUCCGAAGCCAUUAGCAAUUAUCUUGCCUAAAACAGUCGACGAGCUAGUAAAAAUUGUAGCUUGCUGUAGAGAGGCAGUUCUUGAAAUUAGAGUAAGAUGCGGUGGCCAUAGCUACGAAGGAACGUCGUCAGUAGCCGGCGACGGAGCUAAAUUUGUGAUAAUAGACAUGAUGAAUAUGAAUAAUAUUUCAGUUGAUCUUGAAUCUGAAACUGCUGUAGUGGAAGGCGGCGCGACUCUCGGCGAGACGUAUUCGGCCAUUGCAGAGGCAAGCAGUGUUCAUGGAUUCUCAGCUGGAUCAUGUCCGACAGUUGGCGUCGGCGGACAUAUCGGAGGAGGCGGGUUCGGGUUAUUAUCGAGAAAAUACGGAGUUGCAGCUGAUAAUGUAGUUGAUGCACUUCUCGUCGACGCUAACGGACGGUUGUUAGAUCGGAAAGGUAUGGGAGAAGAAGUGUUUUGGGCCAUCAGAGGCGGCGGCGGAGGUGGUUGGGGUAUUGUUUACGCUUGGAAAAUCAAGUUAUCAAAAGUUCCACACACCGUGACUUGUUUUAUAGUUUCAAGGACCGGCACAAAAGAUUACAUAGCUAAAUUGGUACACAAAUGGCAAUCUGUUGCACCAAAACUUGAUGAAGAAUUCUAUAUCUCAUGCUUCGUCGGCGCCGGUUUGCCGGAAACUAAAACCCUAGGAAUUUCAGCUACAUUCAAAGGGUUUUAUCUUGGGUCAAGAACCGAAGCCAUGUCAAUCUUGAACAAGAAUUUCCCUGAAUUACGAGUUCACGAACAAGAUUAUAAAGAAAUGAGCUGGAUUGAUUCAAUUCUGUUCUUCGCCGGCUUGAAACAAGGAGCCACCGUCUCCGACUUGAAAAACCGGUAUUUGCAUGGGAAAAACUAUUUCAAAGCGAAAUCAGACUACAUCAGAACUGAAAUUUCUUUUUCCGGUAUAAAACUUGCCCUAGAUAUUCUUGAAAAGGAACCAAAAGGGUACGUUAUAUUAGACCCUUACGGUGGGAAAAUGGAUAAUAUAAGCAGUGAAGCUAUUGCAUUUCCUCAUAGAAAAGGUAAUAUUUUUGCAAUUCAGUAUUUAGUGGAAUGGAAAGAAAAGGAUAAUAUUAAAAGUAAUGAGUAUUUAAAUUGGAUUAGAGAAUUUUAUAAUGCAAUGACACCAUUUGUGUCAUGGGGUCCAAGGGCAGCUUAUAUUAAUUACAUGGACUUUGACAUUGGAGUAAAUGAAAUGAUCAAGGAGAAGAAUAUUUUAUCUCAGGAUCAUGCAGUGGAGAUUGCUAGGGUUUGGGGUGAAAAAUAUUUCUUGGGAAAUUUUGAUAGGUUGGUUAGAGCAAAGACAAUUAUUGAUCCUGAUAAUGUUUUCAGGAAUCAACAGAGUAUUCCUCCACUUGGUUCCAAAGCUGAAAUCUAAUACACAUUAGAACCUUGUAUAAUUCAUCUUUUGAAUUCUAAAUUUUGUCUGCAAGCAUUUUUUUAAGAUUUUUUUUAUUUGAAUGGGUGGAGUUUAA